UUCAGUCAAUACACAAACAGCUUCCCAAGCUCAUUUGAGAAAAAAAUAAAUAAAUAAAUGUUAUUUUUUAUGCUGUGCCGUAUCGCAAGUUGAUUAUAUUUUGAAAUAUUUUGUUGACACCAACUACCUAUUCAGUGAAAGAAGGCAUAUUUAAUGUUGCUAGGUAACCUUGUUUGGGGAGAGCUGCGUGGAAGUGUAUGCACGGAUUGAUUCUUUUUCCAUUAUCUGAAUGUUUAACUUUCUCAUAAGAGGCACCCAGCUGCUUUUCAAUUAUCGCUAGCUCUAGCACAUCUGUUAGCACUCCUGUUAGAAGGGUCUGGCUGCACUUACUGCAAGUGCUUUCUGUAUUAUGGAUUAUUUAGGGAAAUCUGCUUAUAGAAACUUCCUUGUUCUCCAGUAGCCAUUUUCACACCAAACGACAAUGACUCUGACGCCCCACGAUCAGCUUAUCCUGUCUGUUUAUAUUGUGACCUUCGUGACGGGGUUACCCGCCAACAUCCUGGCCUUUUACACCUUCAGCGUGAAAGUCCACCACAAACCAGCACCCAUCGACAUCCUGCUUCUCAACCUGUCCGUUUCGGAUCUCAUCUUUCUUCUCUUCCUGCCUUUCCGAAUGGUCGAGGUCCUCUCAGGCAUGCGUUGGGUGCUUCCCUACUUCCUGUGCCCGCUGAGCAACUUUAUAUUCUACUCCACCAUCUACAUCAGCACCUUGUUUCUAAUGGGAGUCAGCGUGGAGCGAUACUUUGGGGUGGCCUACCCUAUCAGGUACAAGAUUAACCACAAGCCUAUGUACGCCAUCAUGGCAAGCGUGUUUUUCUGGGUCAUAUCGACCGCUCACUGCAGCAUCGUCUACAUCGUCCAGUACCAGAAACCAGGGAAUGGGACUCAGAAUGUAUCCAUUUGCUAUGAGGAUUUCACAAAAGAGCAACUUAAUAUACUUCUACCAGUCCGCUUCGAAAUGUUCCUUGUCCUCUUCUGCACCCCCUUCCUCAUCACCACCUUCUGCUACAUCAGUUUCAUCCGGAUCCUUCUCUCCCUGCCGAACAUCAGCCGUCGAAGGAAGCAGAGAGCCAUCGGGUUAGCUCUGGGGACACUGCUGGUCUUCAAUCUCUGCUUCUGCCCUUAUAACAUCUCCCACGUGGUGGGGUUUGUGAAAUGGCAAAGUCCCACAUGGCGCGUGGAUGCUCUGCUUCCCAGCACCUUCAACGCCUGCUUGGAUCCCAUCAUCUUCUACUUUUCCUCGUCUGAUGUUCAGAACAGAGUCAGAAACUGCAUAUCAGGGGUCCUAGGAAGGAUACGAGCCAUCGGUUUUUGUAAAAGACCGUCCAGCAGCUUGCAUAGUUACCAGGCAGAUACCGAGCAGCUCUAACAAU